AUGUCUUUGGAGACUGUGACGAACAUGCCGGGGAUUUCGCCGACGAGGCUGCCACGGGUGCAAAAGAUAACUCCGCUCCUGGCCGCCAACCUCAUUCAGCCCUUUUCCACGAGUGCCACCCCUCGUGCGGACAAUGCGAUGCAGCUUUCACUGGGGCACUAUGAGCCACCCAACAAGUCCCCCACCUCGAGCGGCGGGGCCGCGACGAGGGUGUCGAACUGUCGUGUACGGAGCGGCAGCCUGAACUUAAGCAUUACGACCAUCCCCGAGGAAAUUGAUGCGGGGACGUCGGAGGUGGCGACGAGGGCUGUGGUGCAGCGGCCACGGGACCCGCACACCUUCGUCUCGAAGCGUGUCGUGUCAAGCAAAACAGCUGCCCUCUUCGACGUAUUUGGCCAUUACCCGCGCCCAGUCAAUGAUGGGCAAGCGCGACGGAUGGAUGCAACACUGUACAAACAACGCGGUUCCCAGUCGAUUGAUGCCCCCCCUAGGAGCUCCUGCAGCAGCGUUAUAGAUGAGUGCCUUGCCGUUCGUCUCGUCACCCCCGACGAUAAUUGCAGACAGAGUGAGGACGUUCGUGGACUAGAUCCAAGCCUCCCGCCGUUGACCAACACCUUUGGGCCGAUGCGUAUUGUUCCCAAUCCAGUCACUACAACACCCGUGCUGCGGGGAUCCACAUUCCAAAUGAAGUCUUCUGCACCACGUUGUGGGGACGAAUAG